AACAGCCAGUGUGCACCUCAGAGGUUCUUCCAGCUUGCCAGAAAAAAUGGGUGGCUUCCUCGACGCGUCAAGACAACAGCCAGUGUGCACCUCAGAGGUUCUUCCAGCUUGCCAGAUGAGAUUCCUGAAUAUCUGUCAGAAUGUCAGAUGAUUUGAGGAAACAGACAGAGUCCAGUACAUCCCAACCAAUGGCAAGAGUAAAAUGUUCAAGAAAAAGAAGUAUUGGUGUGAUUUCAAAGGAGAAUUACGACUGCCUUAGAUUAAAACUUGAAGGAGGUGACAUUCCCAAGGAUAGCAAGACUGUCAAGUUUUACCAUGUCUGCCAGAAAAUACAGAAGUUCAAUUUAUCUUUGACAGAAAUUCACAACCCUGUCCAAGGAGAAUAUAGAUUGGAGAUUAUUGAUGGGGACAGGAAAAUAGUGAUAUCAAAGUCAGAACUUGAUAAUGUCAUCUGCAAAUUUUACACUGAGUUGCGGGGUUCUGGAGCAAAGAAAAUAAGAACAUUGAUAAACCAGUAUUAUGCUGGCAUUUCUCAGGAAGCCAUACAAGACUUUAUAGACAGGCAAGAUGACAGGCAACUGUUACAUCCUAAAUUUGUUAAUGCUGCCAAACUAAAACCGGUGAUUUCAAGAACACCAAUGGGGCGACAUCAGGUUGACCUUGUGGAACUAACUGGAAUGCCUGCAGAAAAUGAUGGUGAAACAUUCAUUUACAUCUUGUCUGUUAUUGAUGUUUUCACAAGAUUCUUGUGGCUUCGGCCUCUUUCCAACAAAAGAGCCUGUUCAGUGGCAUUGGAACUCAACAAAAUCUACUUUGAGUAUGGAUGGGGAAAUCCAAGAAUCUUACAGUGCGAUCAAGGCUCCGAGUUUAAGGGAGCAGUCAACCAACUCUGCAUAGAAAUGGGAAUGAAGAUUGUCCGAAGUCGGGCUCACCAUCCACAAUCUCAGGGAAAGAGUGAACGAUCACACCAGGAUUGGAAAAGCCAUCUGGAAUUUGAUCACAGCAAACAUGGUGAUGGAGAAAACUUCAACUGGGUGGAAAAGUUGCCAGCAUAUGCUAGAAUACACAAUGAAAGCAUUCAUUCUGCACUUGGUUGUUCACCAUACAAGGCCAUGCUGGGCUGCCCUCCAGUACACUUCAAGAAUUUGUUGAGAGCUGGAAAUACAGUUGAUGCGUACUCUUGCUCUGAAGAAGAUGAGCAGUGCGAACUAUCUGCAGAGAGUGAUGAGGAUACUGGAGACGAAUAUGGCAUUAAUGAGAGAAUAGAAGCAAUCACAAACCUCAGGAAAAAUGUGCUGCAGGCGUCACUGACCAAAUCAUCAGAAAUGAUUAAAAAACACCACGAAAACAAGGACACAUCAGUGUACAAGAUAGGGGAUGAAGUUCUGGUGAGGGUUCAUGGAAAAGAUACCAGAGUCAAACGAGGUGGGCCCAAAAAAGGGAUGAAAAAAUGCAAGGAAGGAACUAUUGUCGAAAUAGAUUCCCAGAACUCCCAAUUCAAGGUUGCCUAUCCGAACAAGCAUGUGCAGUGGGUGCAGGUGUGUGACAUUACUUCUCGGACAAGAAAAGAAGAGAAGAGGAGAAGAAUGAGGACAUAUGAAGAUGCUCGGCCAGAUGCAAGAGAAGAGGGUAGAAAGCCACUCAAAAAGGGAAAAACACAGGAUGAAAAAGGAAAGGGAGAACAACAGGCUCAAACCAAGAGGAGAGACAAUGCAGAAACAAAAGGACGCAAGAAGACACCAACUAUGAAAGAACUGGAGAUGGAGGCCUCAUUCUAUGACCUUGACAUUGUGGACAAUGAAGGGGCUGGUAACUGCAUGUUUAUUGCAUUGGCUCAACAGCUUCAAAUACAUGACAUUGACAUAAUCAGCCAUAAACAUCUGCGAGAAAAGGUUGUGCAAUAUGUGCAGAGAAAGAGAUGGAAGCAGCUAAUGACACCAAAAUGGACACAGAAGAUGAAUCAGAUUCAGAUUCCAAGUAUCCAAUCAACACUGCUGUAUGGGAACACAAGUGAGGAACAACUUCAAAGGCAUGAUGAGUUUGUCAGCGGCUUCCCAACACCAGACCGAAGAGUCAAUUUUGCAGAGGGAUAUCUGUCUCAAUAUAUGCAGCAAAAAAUGCUUCAGUACUUGAUAUCAGCUUUGACAUUAACAAGACUGAAAGAUACACGGAGGAUAUACUCAGGAAGUAUGCGACUGUUCAAGUGCAAGGUUGAAAAGAAGCUGGAACUUUUAACGCAAAAGCACAUGAUAGCUGCCACAGAUUACCUGAUGUAUGUUGGGGUAAAGGAAGCUAUAAUUCAUAUUCUGAUGGAUGUGCUGAAUAAACCCUAUGAAGAAGUCAACUAUGAAUGUAAAUCAACAGAAUUUGAUGCCAGUCAAGUUCCAGGGAGGGGUGUCCACAUCACUGUGGAUGACGAAUAAUGAUGGCUUGGUUCACACAGGGAGGAUUAAAAUGCCACUGUUAUACAGGAUGACUGACUUGCUGGAUGUGUUGUGAUGAUUGUGCUUGCACACUGAUGUCAACACCCACAUAUAUUAUCUUUACAAGAAAAGUAAUUUGAUGUACAUGAACCACAGUGACAUGUCAUUUUGUAACAUUAGUAUUUCUUUGUAUGACAAUGUGUGAAUUUACUAGGGUUGCAACGGGUAACUCACGAACUCUAUGCUUACACUAAAAGUCACUCAUGUUCGCAUUUCUUUCUGACUAUGCACCCAUUCCUUCUGACUUAGGCUCUUCUUUUGGCCACUGAUAGUAAAUGCCAUUUCUAACUUGAGAGCAGAAUAUGAAUGCUAU